AUGCAGGUUUCGAAGAGCGAUGUUGAGGCAGAUUUGGUCGAGCUCCAUUUUAAAGAUACGUAUUUGACGAGAGCAGAUAUGUGGCGGAUAUCGUCGUCGUUAAUAGGGAAAUGUGUGUAUUUUACGCAGCGUCACUCGUACUGUGAUGUUGUUCGACCAUCGAUCCAGAAUAUCUUUAAGAAGGGCCAUAAAACGUUUUCGGCAUAUGUUGGCCCGAGUACGAAGCUUGUGUAUAGAUCAGAGUCGGCGAGGAUGAUAUAUUUUAUUCAGAUGUCGUCCGAAAUGUGGAAUUUUGUCGAGAAUGGCGAGGUCAUGUUCCAUAAGCUUGUCAAUUCGUUUCUUCCAGAGGUGUUCAAACGUUGGCGUGACCAAGGUGCUCAUCAUGUGGUGUCAAUUGUACUGUUUACGAGUGUGGCUGUAUCACGAAAAUCUAGAGGACGAUUGGCGCAAGGAGAAAGAGAACCUAAUACCAGGGACUAUUUUCGAGUGGUGGUGGAUCAGGUUCAUAUUAGUAAAUGGAAUAAUAUCAUGGCUACUCUACGUUAUGAGUUUGCUCGAUUUGCAAAGGAUGUUUUGCAGAGCGAGACGGGUGAAAUAAGGGGAACAAUUCUUCCGGCUGUUAAAGGAAAUUUGCUGGAGGCAAUUAGCUUUGCGACUUCGUUGGUUUCAAGCAAGUUUGCUGAUAGAGAUUUAAGGCGAACGGGUAUCCAAGUGCUUAUUGUGACUCCAGGAACGGGUAUUUACGAUGUAGACUAUAAUCUGCUCUAUCAGACCAGUAUGAAGUUGCUAGCUAUUGAGAUUGGUAUAGAUCUUGUCUGUUUGAGUCGACCUCCUCUACAUGUAACGCCGCUCUUUAGGUACAAAAAUGAACAGACUGGUCAGGUGGUGAAUUGUAUUCCCAGUUGGCUGGAUAUAUCGUUUUGGAACAGCACUGAGACACAUGCAGAGCAGUGGAUUCCACGAUGUAAAAUUUACGAUAUCCAGAUGAUGGGAAUUAUGGAGAACGAGAUAAAUGCGAUUAGUAUUGAGUGGUUAAAUUCGCCUACACCCGACAAAUCACUAAGAAAUUUUAUGAAAGACUAUGACAACAGUGUUUAUUUAUCAAAAGCAGCUAUAUCCAGUCAACGACUAAUUGAAGAAGCAGCAUCUACCAAAACGCCAUCCAGCCUGUUACGACCAAAGAUUUCUAGUAGUGAGAUGAAUAAUCGAGCUACUAGUAAUCAGACUUUAUUGCGAAGUGUGUCAUUGUCCAUACCUGCUACUGCAAUUAUCUCGUCGCCGGCAGUUGAGGGCAAUUCCAGCAAGAAUUCCACUGAGCUGCUGAAUAAUACAAUGAAAAGAGGCACGAGAAUAUCCGCUUUGACAUCACUUCUAUCUCUUGGUGGAUACAACACCAAAGGAUCAAGGCCGUCUUCACCAGUGAUUCAACCAACCACGGCUUCCCAGUCAAUCGGAACGGUGUCUAGUCUGUCAGAUAUCCAAGAUAUUCCCAGUUUGAGUAGUGGUAGCACUGCUAUUGAAUCCACGUCCUCUUCGAGGUCUGUCAGUACCGGUGCUAUUCCACGCACAUCAUCCAAACUCAAUAUUUUUGCGAAAGCCAUAGGCUCAAAUAAUAACAAUAACACCGUUGAGCGCACACUUUCGGUAUCUCCUAGCCAUUCACAAACAUCGCGACGACCAACUCUCGGCUCUCGACAGGGAUCUUAUAAUCGUGGAACAAUGAGACCAUCAACAUCGCCUACUACCAAUAGCAGUAGUACAGCAUUGGUGGGACAAGAGUCUAGCUCUCAACCGGCCUCGGAGACCGAGACAGUAGAAGGAAGUAACAACUAUGUUUGGGUGGUGAUUGAUAACCCCUCAAAUGUUGCACAGAGUUCAGUACUGAAUAUCUCCAACUUUGGCCGAUGGCGUAAUGUAUUCCCACCGGGAGUGAAAAGAAGAGCUGUCAAGUGGAGAUCAUUGAAAUCUCCCGCUGCAUUACCUCUUGCUACCGAUUUGUUUCCGUCAGUGGAAGAAUUCGCCAAAAAAUAUACAUUUCAGAUAUACGAUGUGACAUUGGAUGCAGAGAAAGAAGAUAUUAUGACCCCAGGAGACCUUCUCGAAGAGAUGGUGGCCCUAAGACUGCAUAUUGGAUUCCAAAUUGUGGUAGGUGAUCGUGUUAGUAAAGUAGAGGCACAGAGAAGACCCGGUGGUAACCCAGCUUUGAUUGUACAAACAAUUCCCGAAGAUUAUCGUGGAAUUCGGCUGUACUUGAAACGAAGUAACCAAAUCCACCGAUUAGCUUGUGAUCACUACGGAACUAUAAAUGUACAGCUAUACACCAAGGCUGAUAGUGAAGACCUGGGAGUAGAGAGAAGCUAUCAUCCGCUAAUUAAGACUCGUUUCGAAAGCGAGUACAAGAGUGCGUUAGGCAACUUUUUCAAUCCAGGUGUUAGAAUUGUAAAUUGGAAUGGAUUAGAUCAAACGCUGGCUGGUUAUGGUGAUAUGAUGCAAGAAAGCUACAAAAUGUUUAGAAUCCGAUUUGUGCUAAUACCAUUCGAUAAUGUUAAGUCUUCAAGUUCUAGCAAUGCACCAGUUGAGCUAACUCUAAACAAUGAGCGAAUGACCGCCGAAGAGAUGAGACUAGAAGGUCUAAAGAGAAUAAUCAAUACUUUAUACAGGGGUAGAUACCUGACUCCGGAGGAAAAACGAUUGAGAAAGAAUAUCAAAAAGGAGACAUCUGCACCGGAGAUCAAGUUUUAUACAGGUGAUCUUGGAACAUUCCUGCUACAGCUAUAUGAAGAUUGUCAGAUUGAUGCUACCUCCGAUUCAACUAAUGCAAAUGCUCGUAAAAAGAAUUCUUUCAUCUCGAAGCCCAAUGAACGACUUAACAGGUCUAUCAAAUUAACUCCAUUAGCGGUUGAGAUGCAGGGAGAGCGAGGGAUAAGGUUUAUCGAUCGGCGAUGGCAUUGGAAAACUCACAAGAAUUGUUUCAUGGGCCAGGAAUUUGUUACUUGGUUGAUUGAAUCAUUCACAGAUAUAUUCACAGUGGAAGAAGCUAUUGAAUAUGGAAAUCAGCUCAUGAAGAAUGGUCUAUUCAAACACGUCGAGGACCGUCAUUCUUUCCUUGAUGGCCACUAUUUCUAUCAAGUACUGCCUGAGUUUAUAGUACAUCCGGAGAAGGAUAAACAUGAGAAGGUGGAACGAUCCGGUUGGUUCUCCUCGAAACGGUCACUGGGUGCAAUGUCAGAUAAUAGUGGUUCUGGCUCCAGUGUAACUCCAAUGACUUCCGGAGGAUCUGGUAACUCGACUACUGGUACAAUUGGUGCCGACGGAAGCAUGUCUUCGGCAUCUUCCCAGGUGGGAACUAGCGGUGCUGGUGGAGCAGGUAGCUCGGUGUUCAAAAGAUUACACUCUCGCAAACCCUCGGGAAGUUCUCCAGUUGACGAUGGUCAAACAGGAAUGAUCCCUAUACUUUCUCGUGACUCUGCCUCGAGUAUUGUUUCAAAUAAUACUGGCAUAUCUGGGGCCAACUCGGAAAAUACCGAGAUUCCUUCCGCUGAUGUCUCAGCACUACCAAAGAUUCUAGUUAGUCAAGUGCUCAAAUACGACGUCGACCCUACAGGACGAUCUCGUCGACAGGAAUUCAUUUCAGUUCACAUUGAUAAAGUUCACAACCCAGAAAACGCAUACCAUCUACGAAUGGAAUGGCUCAACACCACCCCUAAACUGAUAGAAGAGGCUAUUGUAAGUCUUAGCCGAGUGGGUGACCGUUACGGGCUACGUCUUGUCCAAGUUCCCAUGGAAGAAAUCAGCGCACUACCUAAUGACAGUCCAUUUUGUUCGCUGUUGCGCUGUGAAUUCGCAGUUUGUCCAGCAUACGCAACACAGCGACAAGAUCCCUUGUACUAUCAGAAAUAUUUCUUGAAGAAAAACAACUUUGUGCUUGACACUCAUGCAUCGUCAAGUCUAAUGAAGAAAGAGGUGGAGAUCCAGUACUCGUGGGGUAAGCCAUUUUACAACUUUUCACAGUAUAUACACGAAACAGGUACCAUUCUUGCGCAAAUAGUGGGAGAUGGUACUUUUGUCUUCCUCAUCAACGCACUUCAGGUAUCGAGAACGGGUAUUCAAAUUGGGCCCAACAGCUCGCUUCCUUCAGCCAAGGACUUGAUGCUGACUAUGAAAGCGCAAUGUGACGACCCUGUCGGACUGGUACAGUUGUUCGAAGAGGCUAAUAAGAACAUCAACGAGGAAACGUAG